AUGAGGACUUCUUUAGCAUUGUUGUUUACAGCGCUUGCUCAGCGAGCUGUCUCCACACGCAGUCCGCUCCUCCAAUGGGACCCCGAUACGGUCAAGGAUUGUGUGGAAUGGUACAAUAAUGGCGAAGGCAAGACUUGUGAAUACGUGCGCAAGCUCGUCGGCAUCACAGCAGCAGAGUUUUACGAAUGGAACCCUUCAGUUGGCCCUGAUUGCAGCAGCUGGCGUCGGCAAUCCUACUGCGUCAUGACGCAAACAAAACUGGACGCCUGGGAACCAACGACAACCUCCUCGACGGUGACCACCACCACUACGAAGAGCACAAGUUUUUCUCUCGCGCCUUCCCCUACCGCCUGGGACGCCCUGGGAUGCUACACUCAGAAUCCGACCCACCCGCUCCUCCAGCUGAACACAAAUGCAAAUGGAGACGCAUCUCUAACUAUUCCCAAGUGCAAGAACAGUUGCUAUCGCCGCGCCUUUAAGUUCGCAGGUGUACAGGAAGGCAAUCAGUGUUUGUGCGGCAGCUACGUAAACGGCGAGUGGACAAAGAAUCAGACCGACUGCAACGCUCCUUGCACUGGUAACAAGGCAGACAUGUGUGGAGGCAAGGGCCUUGUCAAUGUUUUCGAGGCAUUGGAGAACACUGCGCCAGCCACCACUACCGCUAAGAGUGCGAGUGUCACAAACACUGCCACUAAGAGCGCGAGUGUCACAAACACUGUCACUAAGAGCGCGAGUAUCCAGGCCGCUACGGCUAGCAACGGCGCCAUAAAGAACAGAGCUCUCUUUGGGAUGGGCUUUUAG